AUGAACUGCAAUACCAACACGGUCUGCAUCACAAGCCGCGUACAGGGAUUGACCAAUCGCCUUAACACCGGAGUUGUAGCCGGGAUUAAUUACGCUCAGAUCAAUUUCGGCGCGGCUCAAUCUCCUUAUAUGCCCCUAAACCUCGGAGCGUUGUCUUCACUGAAUAAUCAGCAACUGGAAGAUCUUAUAAACCAAGGCCGAGAGAAAGUGGUGGAAGCGACGAACAGCAUCGCGUCUGCCAGGAUUCAGCCUCUGGAGGACCUCAUUGCCACAGCGCGGAAGGACAAUCCGGCACUGACAGAAUCCCAGGCCCAGUCACUGGCUCUGAGCAGGCAAUCCAGCCAGGAGUUGGAGAUCAAGAGACGGGAGGCCGUAUACAAUGAUGUCCUGGCCAAGCAGCAGAUGUUGAUCAGCUGCGUGCAGCGAAUAUUGAUGGGACGACGGUUACAGCAACAAUACAACCAGCAGCAGCAACAACAGCAACUGGCCUUGCAGCAACAAGCGGCGCUGAACCGCCUGAUCAUGCAGAAGUCUCCCAACCUCCUCCUCAACCCGGCCAACUAUCCACAGAUUGACAUGCAAGGACUGUACCAGAACAUCCAGGGCCACAUGCAAAGGGCCCCGCCCCCCAUCAGAGCAAAAUCUCCCGGCUCCUCCCAGGGGAAAAAAAACUGAGAUUGCACUAAGACCCGGACGCGGA